GUCGUUAGCCCAACUCCAACUCCAGUUAUCCCGCCAAAAAUCACCACCAACAAAAUGUUCAAAGUUCUGUUCGUACUCGCCGCCUUCGCCGCCGCCCAGGCGAACGCGCAUCCCGGAGUGGUGGCCGUGGCUCCCGUGGUGGCCCACCCGGCGGUGGUGCACACGCCCCUCAUCCAUCACGGCGCCCACUCGGUGCACUCCCACGUUGUUCAUCACCCGGCAGCCGUCAAGGUCAUCACCCCCAUUGUCCACAAGCCCGUGGUGGCGGUGCACCAUGUCAGGCCGGUGGUUCCCUUGGUCCCCGUGCACCACGCAGCCCCCGCUUUGGUUGUCCAUCAUUAAGUGCAGUGAUGAAUACGGCGCCCCAAUCCCGAUCCCGAUACCUUUUCCCCUUCCCCUUUACCGCUCCCUAUCCCGCCCUG